AUGAACGCUGAUUCUAUUCAACAGGCCUGCAUGGCUGACUUGGGACGUCAACGUCAAGACGAGCUCCCGUUGAGCAACCAAGAGCGCAAAGGCCCUUCCUUUGCGCCUUCUAGACGGAACGGCACAGGUCAUAUCGCUCCAGACUUAAAAAAGGGACUAGAAGCGAAAUGGAGUGUGCAAAUUCAUGAUGAGGAAUCCGAGCAAAUGCUCGGCCUCGUCGUCGAGGAUAGUCGUCCAUGGGCAAAGAAGAUUGCACAAGACUUUAUGAACCGAAAUCAAGUACUCACGGCGCCGCCAACAAUUCGGCAGGAAUCACAGGGACAUAAAGGCACGAAAGGGAACAAUUUUCAAAACGUACAACCGGCCAGACUUGGUAGCCUCAUACCUCCUGGUGGGAGUGUGCGGCACUUCGGUGCCUCCAAGCUCACAAGAACACUGCCGUCGAAACCCAAAGGCCGAGAGACCAGUGCAAACGAUCGGGACAUGACGUUGAUUACCCGCAACUGCGAUCUACAGACCCUUCGUCGGAGCCAGGAGAGCACAACAGCGUCCCCAACUCCUAGCUCAGCAGCUCCUGCUGGCCAGUCCCCCGAUUGUCGUGAGCUCGUGACUAUGGCCACUCCUAUCCGACCCCCCAAGCCCCGUGACCUUGAGAAUGUUGUUCUGCGUGGAAUCUGCAAGUUGCUGCAUCCAAAGGACCAAUCGGUUCUCCUCGAGAUCUCAUAUGUUAUGAAGAUUCGAAAAGACACAGAUGAGGGUUACCUCAUUCUUUCUAGGGCAGGAAAAGAAGACAAGAUUCAUAACGUCUUGGAGCUCCUUGCUCCCGAUUUAAAGGAAAAUCAUUGCCGUGUGUGCUCCAAAGUUGAGAAGAACGGUUUCGAUUACAAUUUCCAGUUUCCAAGUGUUCCUAGUGCUCACAAAUUCAAGAUCUAUCUCGAGAGCCUUCAGCAAGCAGCCAUUCGCGAAGCUAACUCGGAACAAAAUAAAGCAAAUACAAGUGCCACGUGUGUUCAAGCUACAGGGAAACCUCAAACUUCACUCGAUAUCACAUGUCCUGUCAUCGAGUCGCCAUCUCAUUUACCUACCUCAGAGACGACAGAUCUGGAGCGGCCAGCGAUAAGCACGCUUCCGUCUACAGUCCCGACACCUACCAAACAGGCCAAUGCCAACGGAGCAGCUGGUGGCGUGAAUCUGGUAGAUUUAGAGCCUCCGUCCCGCUCUACCCAAAAAGCGAGAGAGUGUAUUAUUGAGGAUGCAGCUGAGAAACUUGUCGAGCUAAUCGAAAAAAUUCUACCCGAGGCUGCUGCUGCUGGGUUGUUACUCUCGGAUGAUGCAAUAGCCGAUAUAGAAGAGACUGCCAUUGAAGACUGGCUUGCCAGAGGAUUCCUCCAGUCUGAGACGGAUGACAUGAAAGCUGACCUCGUUGAACUUCUCCGCAUUCUGGUGCGAUUGAAGCGCAAAGCAGAGUCUCGAAGGCGGGCACAGCCUGUGAUUAAAUCCCUUGAGGGCUUUGACAGAGAGCCAAGUUCAACCCGUGUAACUUAUCAUGCAUCAGAAUUGGAAAAGCUGAAUGUGAGCCAGCACUCUGCACACUCGGGAGGCAAAAGAAUAAAAUAUACCCCGUCGGAACUUGAGGGCAUAGGGGGUACAAGAGUCACGGCUCCUGUCAAUUUGGGCAAAAGCGUCAUGAUGCCGCGCCGAAUUACCGAAACUACAAGACUUCCUGCACCUGAUCUGAGAAGCGUUUCAAAGUACAAAAACUGGCUGGACGAGAAGCCCGGUGAAGUCGCGACUUGUCGUCUCGAGCCGACAGCCGCGGCAAGCCCAGCGCAAUCACCCCAGAUGACGAAUCAUAACGGUAUUGCUUCGAACAAGGAUCACUCGAUUCCAGCGGGGUUGGCUACGUCACGGUGGGCUCGUGUUUAA